AACUGAGGCGGCUAAGGAGCGACUGGAUCAGCAGUCGUUCCCGUGCGUAAUUUUUUUGGCGUCUCCUCCUGCAUUGUUGCCCUAACCGAACAGCCAUGGCCAACGUGGGAAGCCUCAAUGCGGUUCGCAUCCUGAAAGGGGAAGCGGAGGAGGAGAAGGCCGAGACCGCCCGGUUGUCGUCGUUUGUCGGCGCCAUCGCCAUCGGGGACCUCAUGAAGAGCACCCUCGGGCCCAAGGGCAUGGACAAGAUCCUGAUGUGCAACAACCGCGGGGAGAGCAAGGUGGAGGUGACCAACGACGGGGCUACCAUCCUCAAGGCCAUUGGCAUCGACAACCCCGCCGCCAAGAUCCUCGUGGACAUCUCCAAGGUGCAGGACGACGAGGUUGGGGACGGCACAACGUCUGUGACAGUGCUGGCCUCCGAGCUGCUCAAGGAGGCGGAGCAGCUCAUCUCCAAGAAGCUCCACCCCCAGACCAUCGUGGCCGGGUGGCGCAAGGCUACGGCUGUGGCGCGCCAGGCGCUGGAGGCAUUUGCGGCCGACCACAGCGCUAAUGCGGAGCAGUUCCGCGAGGACGUGCUGAACAUUGCCCGGACGACCCUGGGCUCCAAGAUCCUGUCCCAGCACCAGGAGUUCUUUGCCAAGCUGUCGGUGGACGCAGUGAUGCGCCUGAAGGGCUCCGGGAACCUCGAUGCCAUCCAGAUCAUCAAGAAGCUGGGAGGCAGCCUGACGGACUCCUACCUCGAAGAAGGCUUCCUGCUGGACAAGAAGCCUGGAGUGCACCAGCCCAAGCGGGUGGAGAAAGCCCGUAUCCUGAUUGCCAACACCCCGAUGGACGCGGACAAGGUGAAGGUGUUUGGGAGCCGGGUGCGCGUCGAGUCCGUGGCCGCCAUCGCAGACAUGGAGCUCGCCGAGAAGGUCAAGAUGAAGGAGAAGGUUGACCAGAUCCUGAAGCACAACAUCUCUGUGUUCAUCAACCGCCAGCUCAUCUACAACUACCCGGAACAGCUGUUCGCCGAUGCUGGCGUCAUGGCCAUCGAGCACGCCGACUUCGACGGCAUCGAGCGCCUGGCCCUUGUCACUGGCGGCGAGAUAGUGUCGACGUUUGCGAGCCCCGAGCUGGUGCGGCUGGGCACAUGCGACCUGAUCGAGGAGGUGAUGAUCGGUGAGGACAAGCUGCUCAAGUUCUCGGGGGUACCCCUGGGGGAGGCCUGCACCAUCGUGCUCCGGGGCGCCACCCAACAGAUCCUGGACGAGGCCGAGCGCUCGCUCCACGACGCCCUCUGCGUCCUCUCGCAGGUUGUGAAGGACAACCGGGUGGUGUUCGGCGGGGGCAGCUCGGAGAUGCUGAUGGCGUCGGCUGUGUCGAAGCUGGCCGAGUCGACGCCGGGGAAGGAGUCCCUCGCCAUGGAGGGGUUUGCCAGGGCUCUCAGACAGAUUCCGACGAUCAUUGCCGACAACGCCGGCUUCGACAGUGCCCAGCUCGUGUCUGAGCUCAGGGCCGCUCAUUCGGAAGGCAAGAAGACUGCCGGCAUCAACAUGACGGAAGGCUGCGUGGACGACAUGUGCAAGCUGGGUGUGACAGAGGCUUUUGUGGUGAAGCGCCAGGUGCUGCUGAGCGCUUCUGAGGCGGCAGAGAUGAUCUUGCGGGUGGACAACAUCAUCAAGGCUGCCCCGCGCCAGCGCCACCCCGACAGGAGUCACUGAGCCGGGGAGCACGUCGGGCCGAGAUCGAUGGAACGUAAUUUAAGGCAGGGCCGGACCUGCCAUUCGUUUUGAGUUUGUUUUAUUAUUUGCUAAUAAAAAGAAUCUGUCCGCUA